ACUGAUCCAUGCACCACCACUCAGCUAGCACGUAGGCAACCUGUUUACGACAAGAGCAGAGUCUGUCAUACAAAGAUGCUAAGUUCAAGGGCGCUCGUGCGGGGGCUGCAGUCCGGGUUGUGGAGAAGAGUGUCCACCACCAGCGGAAUGAAAGCAGCACACGCACAAGAUCUUGAUGUUAUUGACUGCAGUGUGCCACAGUACAACAACCGUCGUGACACACCCCUGCCCGAUGUGCCAUUUGUGCAAAACCUCAAUGCUGAGCAGAAGAAACUCAAGGAGAAGGAGAAGGGACCAUGGACCAACCUUACGAAAGAGGAAAAACUUGCAUUGUAUAGACUCUCCCAUGAGCUGAGCUACGCUGAGAUGAAAAAGGGAUCGGACGAGUGGAAAACUGUGAUAGGAGGCGUCUUCUUUUUCCUGGGCUUCACCGGACUGUUGGUCUGGUGGCAGCGUGCGUAUGUGUUUGGUGAUGUGCCACGCACUUUGUCGCCUGAAUGGAUAGAGAUGCAGACCAAGAGAAUGCUUGACAUGAGGGUGAACCCUGUUGGUGGAUUCUCUGCCAAGUGGGACUAUGAAAAGAAUCAGUGGAAAUAAAGUUGUACUGUCAAUAAAUUGUUGAGGCACUGAAUGUAUACACACUGUAAACUGAAUCAAGCUCAAGAGCCUUAAAAUACGUCCAUAAUGUACUCAAAUAAAGAUACUGAACUUA